AGGCAGAAUAUGCUUAUCGUUUAAAUUUUUGUUGUUGUGUCUGAUUCUAGUCAUUUUCCUCGUAGAAUCGCUCACAUAAUUCAGUUUUUCGUUUAAUGUUGAUGAUAUUUUAUUAACAUACUCUCUUAUGGUAGAAAUUUAUUCCAAUCCGUGGAGUUCGGUGAUACAUUUGUAUCUGUUUUUAAUAGUUAUUAAUCGAAUAUUAUUAUUGGUAUAGUUGAAGUGGCCUUAAGGGUGUCGGUUUUAGGUGACACCAUACAGGAGCGGCAUAUGCACAUUAAAGGGUAGAACCUGCCUUAAGUGCCUUAUCUGUAUGGCGGAGCAUGGUGACUCGGCCUGAAGGAAAACAACUUUUUUUUGCUAUACAGCAGUUUUAUAUAAAUUUCCAUAAAAUAUGUUACAACGUUAUAUAUACAAUGUUUAUGUGUUUCUUAAAGAAUAAUUUAAAGACUAGUACCUAGCUCGAUGUUUUAUCUAGUUUCGAAAUAUGGCUGGUUAUUUACAUAGGUAUUUAAGAAAGAGUGUAAAUUUUUACUGAGGCAUGUCGAGUGCUUGAAGGAAAACAACUGUCGCUCAGCAACCAAUAUCUAUGGAAUCACAUUAGUUUCGAUAGGAUCCCUAGCGGUAGUAACUGUUCUGGUCAUAUUUUUGGACACCUUGAAAUACAUAAUGAAGAACUCAUCGUCGAGAGUGAAAGCUCAUUCUGCUUUCAUCACUGGCGUAUAUCCGGUGAUAUCAGUGGCAACUUUUUUUGUUAUUUUGGUUCCUAGGGCACAUUUACUAGCCGAAGCCUUAACUCAAGGAAUGUUUAUGUUUGGCAUGUACCAAUUAUGGUGUCUUUUCGUAUCCUACUGUGGUGGUGAAGCAGAAUUAGUACAAAAAUUAAAACCUGGUACUUUGACCCUGAAAGUUGGUCCAUGUUGCUGUUGGCCUUGUUGUUUUUGUCUACCAACACUCAAUGUGGAGAAGAAAACAUUACAUUAUUUGAGGAUAUUAGUUCUCCAACUUCCUAUAGUUCAAGGAUUUGUUUAUAUGAUCCUUUUAGUCAUGUGGGCAGAAAGAGAGAGCUUGUACCAAGUCAAUUACAUGUACCUCCAGCCUAUUAUAAUAGUCUCCAUAUUGAUGGGCAUUUGGGGAAUGUUGAUGACAAUUAAUAUUCUGAAGAAUGUAUUAGAAGAUGAAUUCAAAUUGACCCAGAAAUUUUUGGUAUUACAGCUAGUUUUGAUUUGUGCCAAAUUACAGGGGUUGAUAACAAGGGCUUUGGUAUGGACUGAUGUUCUUCCCUGCAAGCCACCUAUUACACCUACAGUUUACGGGAAUUUGAUACAUAACACUUUAAUGAUUGUUGAAAUGGUACUGUUGUCCUUUGUUGCCAAUAAAUUAUAUAAGAGAGAACUGCCACAAAACAGAUUGAAAGAGAUUAAGACUGUAGGUACAUCUAUGGAUUUUCAUAAUAAAUUGAAAAUAACCACGGGCCAAAUAAACAAAGGUGCAGAUCUUAGUGAUUUAAUAUAAAAAUAAGUGUAAAUACAUCAAUAAAACCUUAAACUAAA